AGGUCCAAUUGAAUCACAUCAAAACUUAGAGGACGAAAUCACAAAUAUUCCCAACAUUAAUCCAAAAAGUUUGCAUUUACACAAUCACGGCUUCUUCACCCUCCCCUCCGCCGUAACGCCACCACCACUGAACCUCCCGCUACCGGAGCUCCGCCACUGAACCCUAGAAACCGAAAACUACAACAACUCGAACAACCUUCAUUCCACCACAUCAACAACUUAACCAAUCACAGUCAUCCUUCACAUUCUCCACACAUUCAACCCAAAAUGACGAUCCAUUCCGCCGUAAUCCAAAAACUCCUCCGCACAAACGCUCACUUAGGCCGGCGAGUCGCAGAAAACCACUUCAAAAUCUACACCUACGGCUCUCGAAACGGACUCACCAUUAUCGACUCGGAUAAAACCCUAGUUUGCCUCCGUAGCGCCUGCAAUUUCAUCGGUCAUCUUGCAAGCCAAAACGCUAGGUUUCUGUUCGUCAACACGAAUCCAGUAGUAGAUGAAAUCAUUGAGCAGAUGAUUAUUAACACCGGCUGCAAAAAUGAUACCUCGUGGCGCCUGGGAGGGUUUCUGACUAAUCGGUUUAGUCCGAAGAGGUUUCGGUCCAGGAAUCAGAAGUUUAAUUUGACCUCGGUUAAUCGGCCGGAUUGUGUGGUGAUUUUUGAUACUGAAAGGAAGAGUUCUGUGAUUUUGGAAGCUACUAGGUUGCAGAUUCCUAUUGUAGGGCUGGUGGAUCCGAGUAUGCCAUUGGAGACGUUUAAGAAGAUUACGUAUCCUGUUCCGGCGAAUGAUUCGGUGCAGUUUGUGUAUUUGUUUUGUAAUUUGAUUACGAAAACAAUUCAAUACGAGCAGAAGAAGCUUGCUGCGGCUAAAGGGAACGUGGUUAAGGAAGUCGAGCCGAAAAUUGGUGAGGCUGCUUUACCAGCUGGUACGAUUAAGAUAGAUGGUGUAAAUGAUGAAUUGACGGUUCUAUCGUACAAAGGGUUAUCUCCGGCUUCUGAUGAUCCCACAGAAAUCAAGGAGCUUUUGGAAAAACUUGUUGUCGUUAAGAUCAAUGAUAAUAAAGGGACCAAGAUGGGUUUUGAUGGGCCAAAGUCUGCCAUUGAGAUUGCUAAUGGAUUGACAUCUCUAGACUUACUUGCUAAUUAUAUUGAGGUUCUGAACUCAAAAUACGGAUGCAAUGUUCCUCUGCUUCUGAUGAAUGAUGAUAGUACACACGAUGAGACUUUGAAGAUUGUGGAGAAACAAUCCAACAAAAACAUAAUUUGUUUAGUCAAGGAUCAACAUCAAGAGAAUGAUGUCAAAAUUGCUUUUGACCAGAGGGAAGCUUUGCUUUCCUUAAAGAAGAGUGGUAAACUUGAUGAUCUAUUAUCGCAGGGUAAAGAGUUCAUACUGAUGCUGAACUCAGAUAAUUUAGCUGAAGUUGUGGACCUAAAUAUUCUAAAUCACGUGAUCAAGAAUAAGAUCAAGUAUUGUAUGGAGAUAGAAGAGAGGUUUAGGAUCGCCACUACAAUGAAUACGUGGGUAAACAUUAAUACUAUCGCGAAUCAUCCGGAAACAAAGUUAUUUGGGCCUCCCAUUGCUGUAACUAUUCCUGUAUCUCAAAAUCUUCCUGUGGAGGAUACAUCAGAUUUACUUAUCUUUAAGUCUGAUUUGUACACCUGUGACAAAGGCAUUCUUAUACGCAACGAAGCUAGAAUAAACCCUGCUAAUCCUAUCAUAGAAUUAGGUCCCGAGUUUGAAAAGGUAGCGGACUUUGAAAGUCGUUUUAAGUCGAUUCCAAGCAUCAUCGAUCUUGAUAUCUUGAAGGUCUCAGGUGAUGUUUGGUUCGGAAGUGGUGUCAUUCUCAAGGGGUUAGUUAGCAUUAAUGCUAGACCAGGCGAGAAAAUCGUAAUCCCUGAUGGAGCUGUACUGGAUAACAAGUCAAUCGAUGACCAACAAGAUCUCUCAGAGUAACAGACCUCCAGCAAAAACAGUUCUUCUAUCCUGUGUUACGUCGACCGCAAUGCAACACAUCUAAAAGGUGCCUGCAUUCAUUUCCUUUUGGAUAAACGCUAAUAAUGGUUAGUUGUCACCAGGAUAACAUAUAGUGUAUUCCAUAGACAUGCAAUUUCACUUGUCUAUUGGCGAAUUUGCCUAAAGCACAAUUUUGUCCCAUAGGAGGAGAGGGAUUGUACCUUUUAUUCUUUUAACUAAGUUGUGAGAGCACUAAUUAUUGUUUUUUGUUCUUGUGUGAUUGGAGCAUGAUAUUGAAGAUGCCCUUUAAUA